AUAGCGCGCAUUACAGCUGGUUUCUUGGGCAGUACCGUAGGAAUAGCCAGGUCAGCCAUUGUUCAGUGCAUCAUCUACAACGCUGGACGAUGCUACUCAUACCCGCUAGCAUGCGAUGCAUCAGACGGCGGGAUCAUCCCAUGGAGGGUACAUGUGAUGCUGCAGUUCCCGGCCUAUACUUUAUUCGCCCUGUCAGAAGCGUUGUUCGCUAUUGCAACAGGAGAGUAUACCUACACCAAGGCGCAGGAAAGUUCGAAGUCGCUAGUCACAGCGCUCAACCUGUACACUGUAACUGUAGCAUCAGCUCUGAGCAUCGCGGUCAGUCGAGCAGCUAAGGGCCCACAUCUGACAACAUUGUACGCGUGUCUGGCGGGCCUUUACUGCUUAACGACAGUUCUGACGCGAGUGUCCUUCGGGAAAUACAAAAAGCUCGAGCAUGAGCUGUUCGAUCUGGAUACCGCCGACUCUAGAUACUGA